GACAUGGCGCCCCCCAUAUGUCUUUCAGUUCGAUGAAGAACUGCUCAUACUACAAACCGCACCUACGGUGGUAUUAUCCACGGGCACGCCGCGCUGCCAUGCACCAGAGAUAUUUCGCAGUGUCCAGGCAUCAAUAAAGCCGUAAUGGCAUAUUUCCUAAUCCAGUAGAGUUAACCGCAAUAGCUUUCAAACGCCGAUUGGCAAAACCUAUUCAGCAAGACAAAAUCCGCAUCAUCCCUUUCCUCCCUGUUCUCAAUCAUUUCUACCUUCUAAAUUUCACAGAGAUGGCACUUCUUCAAAACGCCUUCACCUAUAUCGGUAUCGGAGUAGUCGCGUACUACGCGUCCCUUCUGCUUACGCUCGCGUACGACGUGUUUGUGCGUUCCGGCGUCAAGCUGGAAAAGUUUGGGGCCGGCAAGGGCUUCUGGGCGGUGGUCACCGGCUGCACUGACGGACUCGGCCGCGAGGCGGCUCUGGAGCUGGCGCGCAAAAAGUUCAACGUGGUUCUGAUUUCGCGCUCGCAGGACAAGCUCGACGCGAUGGCAGCUGAGAUCAGAGCGCUGGGCGUGGAGGCCAAGGUUCUGGCGGUCGACUACUCGAGGGUUGAUGACAGCAAGUGGGCAGAGAUCCGCUCGCUCCUGGAUUCGGUGCGCGUUGGUGUGCUGGUGAACAACGUGGGGAUCAGCUACGAUUUCCCGAUGUACACUGAGGACGUGAGCGAGGAGCGCGUCAACGAGCUGGUGGAGCUGAACGUGCGUGCGAUGAUCAAGAUGACCCGCUUUGUGCUGCCGCAAAUGAAGGAGCGCAAGAGCGGCCUGAUUCUGAACGCAGGCUCGUUUGCGGCCCUGCUGCCGUCGCCGUUCCUGUCAAUCUACUCGGGCACCAAGGGCUUUGUCAAGUACUUCAGCCAGUCGCUGGCGUCGGAGGUGGAGAAGCAGGGCAUUGUGGUUGAGCACCUGCAGACGUACUUUGUGUGCUCGCGCAUGUCGCGUACGCGCAAGCCGACGUUCCUGAUCCCGCUGCCCAAGCCGUACAUCCGCAAUGUGCUGAGCAAGAUCGGCGUGCAGGGCGGCUCGUCUGAGCCGUACACGUCGAUUCCGUUCCUGUCGCACGCGCUGCUGGGCUUUGUUGGUGAGCGCGUGGUGUCGAAGCAGAUGGCGGUGAACUACAACUACAGCCUGCUGAGCGGGCUGCGCAAGCGUGCGCUGAAGAAGCUCGAAAAGGAGCAAAAGGCGCAGUAGGCAUUUUCGUACCGUCGUA